GUAUCAGCGUCAGUCCAGAUGACGCACUGUAGAACAGAGUGAAGAUGGCUCCUUUUCCGGACGAGGUGGAUGUUUUUACUGGCCCACACUGGCGAAUGAAGCAGUUAGUGGGCCUGUACUGCGAGAAGCUAUCACAAACCAACUUCUCCAACAACAAUGAUUUCCGUUCUUUCCUCCAAUCUCUUUGUGCCACCUUCAAGGAGUUCAAGAUGCAUGAACAAAUAGAGAAUGAGUACAUAAUCAACCUGCUUCAGCAGCGCUGUUGCACCGUUUACAAUGUACACUCUGACAACAAACUCUCAGAGAUGCUCUCCCUCUUUGAGAAAGGUCUUCACAAUGUGAAGAAUGAAUAUGAGCAGCUGAACUACGCCCAACAACUGAAGGAGAGACUUGAAGCAUUUACUCAAGACUUCCUUCCACACAUGAAAGAAGAAGAAGAGGUCUUUCAGCCCAUGCUCAUGGAGCACUUCACCUAUGAGGAGCUCAAAGACAUAAAGAAGCAGGUGAUCGCUCAGCACUGCAGCCAGCAGCAGUGGGACAGCGCUGCAGAGGUGCUCAAGGGAUUGAGUCUCUGGAGCCAAGCAGAGGAGCUGCACAAGGCCUUCAAAUAUUCUGACCAUGAAAAGGCUGAUUAUGUGGACAAAAAUGGGAAUGGUCAGACCCACAUCUCCCAGCUGCCCACAGAGAUCAUGCUGAGGCUGUUUCACUAUUUGAGCCCCAAGGAUCUGUGCCGCUGCAGCCAGGUGUGCAGCUCCUGGUCUGAGCUGGCCAAGACGGGCUCACUAUGGAGGCACCUCUACCCUGUGCGCUGGGCCAGAGGUGACUACUACAACGGUCCACCUGGAGAUCAGGAUCAGGAGCCUGAUGAUGACUGGGUAAAGAGUCGCCAGAAAGAGGGUUUGGCCUACCAAGAAUGGGACGAGGAUGCAGAUGUGGAUGAGUCGGAUGUUUCAGGCCAGACAGAUGGAUAUAAAGCCAUCACUAAUGCUCAGAGGGAAAAAAGGCUUUUGAACGGCCUCAUUCACCACCUUUUACCUGCUGUGGGAGGUUCAGUAAAGUCCAUUGUUUUGGCAUACAGUUCCACAGUCUCCAGUAAAAUGGUGCGUCAAAUCCUCAAUCUCUGCCCAAAUAUAUCUCAUUUGGACCUCACACAGUCAGACAUCACUGAUGCUGCAUUUGACAGUUGGUCAUUUUAUGGAGCCUGUCAUUCUCUGGAGCACCUGGACUUGUCUGGUUGUGACAAGAUCUCUGAUUACACUCUCAAGAAACUGUCUGUGGGUUUGGGGAAGACCUCCAUCUCUGAUAACUGUCCCAACAAACGAGCCAAACUCCUCAAAGCUCCUCCUGUUCCCAUCUCCCUUAUGGAUGAGAGGAGCCUGCAUCAGGCUGUGAGGAGGCAUCAGGCGCUCAUGUUCAAACAGAGGAGUAGCCCGUCUCACGUGUGGGUGCUGGACUCCUCUCACCUGGCUGACAUAGAGGAUGCAGCAGGGUGGAGACGCCUCUCUGUCCCUGAAGAGGAACACUUUGUUCAGACUCAGUUGGUGGCAGGUUCUUGCUGCUGCAGGAGGCGAGGACUGAGGACUAGCACUAUGUCGUAUUUACACGCUCCAUUUGUGUCUGCGGAGGUGCUGUGUGGUCACUCUACCUGCUGCAGCAGUGACACGGCUCUUAGGACCUUUUCAGAACCACAGACUGAGUCCUGCAGAGGCAGUACAGGCGACUUUCGGACUAAGUGCUCUGCUUUUGGAGCCCGGCAGUGUCUGCAGCAGGAAUACAGGACUGAGCACUCUAAGCGCUCACUGAGGUUUCUCAGCCUCUCUGGAUGUUAUCAAGUCACAGACUCCGGGCUCAGGGCCCUGUCUCAGCUCGGGGGGCUACCUCUGCUGGAGCAUCUGAACCUGUCCGGCUGCCUCCUCAUCACUGAGGUGGGGCUGCAGGAGCUGGUGUCCGCUUGUCCUUCGCUGAAGGAUGAGCACUUCUAUUACUGCGACAAUAUCAACGGCCCUCUCGCCGACACGGCCAGCGGCUGCCAGAACCUCCAGUGUGGAUUCAGAGUGUGCUGUCGCUCUGGGGAGUGACCGCUGCCUCCUGGUGUUCAUCACGUUUUAUUGCACUUUAUCCCUAGAAAUACCAUUUGCUGUAAGAUGUCUCUCUCAUAAGGGUUUCCUAAAACAACUGUAACUAGCACCUAAUAUUUCCUUUCUGUGUUUUAGUAGAAUUGAACCUUAGAAAGGGUUGAAUUUGGAGUGUAAAUUCAAAUGUAAAUGGAAGUAUUGGUUUUGAGAAGUUCAAAACUAGAAAUUGUAAAUUACAAGUGCUUCUGUUGAUUUUAAAUAUUCAUCACUAAAGCUCACAUCAGUCUGCUUCUCCCAUUAGUCGAUUGAUUUAUUCUUAUCUCAGUGUAGAAAUUUACCUAAUACAAGGUCAGGAAUGAUAAAAAUGUAUCACAAGCCUGUUGUAUUUAACCAAAAUUAGUGAGCAGCAUUGACAUAGCUAAUUUAUGUAGAAGACCUUACACACGUGGGCUUUAGAUUCUGUUUCAGCUUAAUAAAGGACUAUUUCACAACAUCUAUCAAUUAAGGGCCCCGCUGAAGUAUAGUUAUGAUCAAUUCAUGGUACAUUAUGCAUUCACUGCAAGAAUUAUUUUCAAGAAGCACUCCAGCGAUGUAGAUUAUUGUUCGUUACAGAUUUAGUGGGGUCUUUCAAGUUAGUCAAAGGGUGAUUCAUUGACUGGGAGAACGCUCUGCUGUACUUUCAGCUUUCAGUGCUUGUGUCCAUCUCUUAUCAGUCUGAAAUAUGAUUGAUGUUUUGUGCAUGAUGCCUAAAUUGGGAAACAUGACAAGGAGAUCAAUAAAGUAACUUGUAUACACA